ACAAUGUCCUACCUGGAGAUCUAUAACGAGAAUAUCAGGGACCUACUAGAUCCAGCAUCAGGGUUUCUAGAGCUCAGGGAGGAUAGUAAAGGGAAGAAUAUCCAGGUGACUGGACUUUCAGAGAUAACUACCAGUAGUCCAGAUGAGGUUAUGCGCAUGCUCACUAAAGGGAACCGUGAAAGAACCCAGGAGCCUACUGCUGCAAAUAAGACAAGCUCUAGAAGUCAUGCGCUACUCAUGGUCAACUAUAAACAGACAAGCAAGUCUAAAACAUCACAUUCGGUAAAAAAUGGCAGAUUGUACAUGAUUGAUCUGGCUGGCAGCGAGAGAGCAUCAAACACUCAGAACAAAGGGAUUCGAUUAAAGGAAGGAGCACAUAUUAACAGAUCUCUUCUGGCUCUUGGGAACUGCAUAAAUGCCUUGGCUGAGAAUAAAACUAAAUAUGUUAACUACAGAGACAGUAAACUUACAAGAUUACUGAAAGAUGCUCUAUCUGGGAACUGUCAUACAGUAAUGAUAGCUCAUAUAUCCCCAGCUGACCGACACUUUGAUGAGAGCAGGAACACACUGGUCUAUGCAGACAGAGCCAAAAAUAUAUCCAAUAAGGUGCGAAGGAAUGUUCUGGAUGUAUCCUAUCACGUGUCCCAAUACCAGAAUAUUAUAUCAGAACUAAAAGGAGAAAUCGGAAGGCUCAAGGAGAAAAUCAGCAAUGAACCGACUAAUCACGGUGCUACAGCUACUAAACAGCAGAUUGCUGAACUAAAGGAGCUUAGGGACGCCCUGGUCGCUAACUUUAGAGAACAGAUGUCCCUAAGGCACAGGCUUAUGGAGAUAGAUAACCAUAUUCUAUCCUUGUCUAUGGAAUUUGAGAAGCAGAAUAUAAUUGUAACUGAAUGGGAGACAGAAAAGGUCAAGUCUCGUAGUGAACGUAUCAGUGAGAAAAAGAGGAAGAAGAAGUCAAAAAAGGAUACUCCUAAGAUUUAUCUUGAACCGGAUACAGAUGAAAGCGAGGCUGACCGACAGGACAGUGAAGAUGUAGAAAGCGGAUUUGAGGAUAAUGAACCAACCCAAGAAGGAGAAGAAGAAGAAGAAGGAGAAGAAGGGAGAAAGGAAGAGGAGGGAGAAGAGGAGGAGAAUAAGGAGGAUGAAGAUGAAGAAGAAAAGGAAAAAGAUGGAGAUAGAGAUGAAGACGAAGGAAAAAAAACACCAAUACAUUUAAUAUUUUUACUUUGCGUCCCUAUUUUUGUAACAGUUUUAGGGUUUAAUUGUUGCUUUUCAAAAGAGAAAGAGGAAAAAGCGAUGAAGGUGAUUUACAAUAAUUCAGAUUCUGAAAAUGAUGACUGCAAUGGUGAAGUUGAUGAUGAUGUUGAUAAUGAUGAUGAUGCUGAUGCUGAACUACCUUCAAGAAUAUCUACAACAGAGGAGAAAGAAAUCCUCUCUUUGCUUUGUAAAGUACAUGAGCUGGAGAUAGACAAGGUUGAGAUGAAAAGUGAAGGACUGAUGAAAGAGCAUGAGGUUCGUAGACGGGAUUUAUUAAUCCUGAAAUAUGAUAAACAAAGAUCUCUUUGUGAUGAGAUUAUACAACGGCAGCAGAAACUUAUCGAAGCUAUGGAUUCCUCUAAGUUAAAUAAAUCCAUGGGUGCCCAGGCCCCUAUGCCCUCUAUACUAUUGUAUUCUAGGUGCCAAGGCCCCUAUGCCUCCUAUACCAUUUUAUUCUUGGUUCCCAGGCUCCUAUACCUCCUAUAUUUUUGUAUUCUAGGUGCCCUGGCCCCUAUGCCUCCUAUAUUAUUGUAUUCUAAAGGUAGACAGGUAGAAAGGUAG